AUGUUUAGAACCGCCGUACUCCGCCCUAUAAUCAGGGCUAAACCUGUGUUUAAUGCCCGGCGUCAUCUUACUGUUACCUCCAUCCAUGAUACCUUUCCUGCCACCCUCUAUCGAUUCCAGAUUCACCGGGACUCCCGGCUCUAUGACAAGGAACUAAAGAAGGAAAACGAAGACCUUGAGUAUGCAGAUGGCGUGGAGAUUUCCAAAGACGGAUUGGUAUACCCAGGGAUUACCAAUAUCGGUAUGGCAUCUUCUAACCUACUAUUCUUUUAUUCCCUUCUGUCAAACGGGGCGGUCUUUAUGGCAAAUACUCGUUGGAUGCAGCAGUCAACACGCAUGUCAUACGAGUACUUCCUCGAGGACAUGGCAGACAGACAGCCCCCAGAUGCAUUUCCUCAUUUCUUAUGCAUUCCUAAAGAGUUGAAUGAUACCUUGACGGAGUUCUAUCUCAGACAUGGAACCGCUACGCCUGCCGAUGAGUGGCUGGAAGGCCAUGAUUACGCUGAGUCCUUUGAUGAAAGCACGGAUGAUUACAUGCGCUACUAA